UAUUCAUAGAUCGUACUUAAUUCAAACUUAGUAUAUACUUCCUUAAGUGAAACAUUAGAAUUUUCAAUGGUAUCGUAUUCAUAGAAAAUUCUUACAAUUUUCUUAACAAAGUAAAUUUUGAGUAAAUACUUAGAAUAUAAUACUAAGUAAAUACUAAGAAUUUACUAACUAUUUUAUUUUCAUGAUAUCAUGGAGGAUGUACCGCUUAUCACUAUGAUAUGCUAUGUUAUCACUUUGAUAAUAUGAUAUUGUUUUUUUUUUUGGUACUAUAAAUUAAUUUAUAAUAGGUAGUCCGUUUUAUUUUCAAAUUUAAUUGAAGGUAUUCUUAUAGUAAGUAGAAUGACGGAAAAACUUAUUAAACGAAACCCGGUAUUCCAAGCAGAUGAAAUUAAUCUGCUGGACAGUUUAGUUUUUAAAUAUAAACAUGUAUUGGAAAAUAAACAAAAAGGAGCGGUACAAGUAGCCCAAAAAUCGAAGUAUUGGAAUAUUGUGGCAGAUGAAUUUAAUGCAGCUGCAUUAAACGUUUCAGUAAGUUAUCCAAUUGUUAUGCACUAUGCAAUAUUUUGUAUGAUAAAUGUAUCAAUUUGUACUAGCGUUCUGCUCUUAAUCUCAAAAAAUGUUGGGAGAACAGAAAAAAUAACAAAAAAGCUGAACUAUGUGCUGAAAAAAAGAAAUAAAAAAAAGACUGGUGGAGGGCCAGAAGAAACUAUACCAACAAAUGAAGCCAUUGAUCAGUUUUUAACUACUAUAACUGAUAUAGAAGUGCAUGGCGUUGUAGAUUCGGAUUCCUUAAGAAAUAUGUCAUCAUCAACUCCAAAUAAUUUUGAGACUAUUUUACAAGAUUGUGAUAUUGUAUUAGAUGGUGAUGAGUUUAUGAGACAACAUACCGAAGUCGAAACUACAUUAAUAGCUUCUGAGGAAAUUACCAAAUUGAUUAAUUUACCAAAUCAAGAAAAAGAGUUGAAUAGUAGAGAAUCACCUAGCGUAAACAACUUCAAGAAAAUAUCAAACAAGGUCAACGAAUCAACAUUUGACACUAUAAGACUUGAAGUCCUUAAAGAAGAAUCAGAUCUUAGAAUUAAAAGGCAGAAAAUAUUAAUUGAACAAGAUGCUGUGAUUCAUAAGAUACGUUUGGAAGAAGUCAAACAAAAUCUUUUAUUAGCUGAACAAAAGUACAAACUAUUUUUGAAAGAAAGUAACCAAAGCUGAUAAAAAAUGUGUAAAAGUAUUUUUCAUAAUGAGUAUUUUGUAGUUGUAAUAAAUGGCCAAGUUGUGCUAAAAUUGUAUUGUAAUGUUAUAGUUAUGAAUUGUUUAUAAAGUUAUAUUUUGUUUUUUUUUUUUAUAUACAA